CGAUGAGAACCAUAUUGCUGAACCCUCCCGAUGUCGAGCAGGGAAAUGGGCCUAAUAGCUCCGAAGUCAACCCGAACAGCAAGUUUCUCCACGAUGAAAUUCGUGACAUCUCCUCGCCCGCAGGGAAUUUCACUCAUCACGUGCUGACCUCUGGCCCAGCAUCAUUUCUCAAGUCUUAUUUGCUCUAUAUCCUGCCCAUAUCGUGCCAUCAUUUUCUUGUCUGCCGCCCUCAUACUCUUGAACAAGGUAUAUUUUACCUCUCCGAUCCUAAUGAAUUUACAGACCCAUCAAUUUCGCUCCUCCGCACCCUCAGAAAAAUCUCCGAGUCGGCGACAUGGUCGCCAGCCUAGCUCUGGGACAUCCCUCCAAUCUGUCAGCAAGCGCUCGAGAUCGUACUCUACGAUCGUCGCAGACAACGUGCCCAGCGAUGCAUUAGGGGCGUUACAAGCAAAACUAUCCCUGAGAAGGGGAAGCCUAGAUGUGUUGUCUAUUAAACCACGAACAUUUUUGAUACCAGUACAGCCGACGCUGAGGGCUCUGUUGCAAAGGGAGGAUACUGAUAACAAUCUCCAGAUUACUAUCGAAGACAAGGGGCCAAAGGUCCUCUCUGUUGGAACCGCUUCUUCGGGCGGAAACAAAAAGUUCCAUCUUCGCGGUACUUAUGUGCUCUCCAACCUCCUGCAAGAGUUGAGUCUAGCAAGCGAAUUGGACAAAAGCCAUGUAAUUAUACCGGAAACGCGGCUCAAUGAGAAUCCGGUAUCUCGACUAUCUAGAAUCAUCAAAUACUCGUACUGGGAUCGCCUCACUCGCAGAAUUGAUGCGAACAACAUUGAAAUCGUCGGCAGAGACCCUAAGGAUUGGACAGAUGACCCACGACCUCGGAUAUACGUUCCAUGGGGAGCUCCGGAGCAGUAUGAGUAUUAUCAGGAGGUUGCUAGAAAUCGGCCUGAGAUCCGCUUAGAUGUGAGGCGACUCCCCGAAGGCCCCAUCAACCCGGAAUAUGCUCGGGAUAUGGAUAUAGCUGCACCGGGGCUUCUUGCGUUGGGAUUAGAAGAGUAUGUCGACGAAUUCGGCAAAAUUUCAAAGCGCGGACUGCCUUUCGUAGUACCAGGUGGUAGAUUCAACGAGCUAUACGGCUGGGAUAGCUAUUUUAUUCUCCUCGGGUUAUUAUCGAAUGGCCGCACUGACCUCGCAAAAUCAAUCGUGUCCAAUUUCUGCUAUUCCAUCAAGCAUUAUGGCAAGAUACAUAACGCGAACAGGUCCUACUAUAUUACUCGCUCACAACCUCCUUUCUUAACCGAUAUGGCUAUCCAAGUGUACGAUCACAUUCGAGAUGAGUCUGGCGCACUGGAUUUUCUUCGACAGGCCGUUUUGGCAUCUAUCAAAGAGUACUAUGGCAUCUGGGUCGCAUUGCCACGUUUGGAUCAUGUCACACGUCUGUCCAGAUACCGAUCAGAUGGUAUCGGCAUUCCUCCGGAGACCGAAGCAUCACAUUUCACCCAAAUUCUCAAACCAUACGCCUUGAAACACAACCUAAGCGUCCCGGAAUUUAUUAAAGCCUACAAUCUGUGCCAGAUUACCGAACCGGAACUGGACGAGUAUCUUCUUCACGAUCGGGCUUUAAGGGAAUCUGGCCACGAUACUACAUACCGGUUCGAGGGCGUUUGUGCUAACCUGGCAACUGUGGAUCUCAAUUCACUUCUCUAUAAAUAUGAGACCGAUAUUUCUCGCAUAAUCCGCGACAAUUUUCAAGAUAACCUAGAAAUUCCUAGGGAGUUCCGCAUCUGCGAGAUGCAAGUUGGCAAUGAAAGUUCUGCUGUGUGGGAUCGGAGGGCCAAAUUGAGAAAACGCAUGAUGGACAAGUAUCUGUGGAACGCAAAAGAGAAUAUGUACUUUGACUACGAUACAAUCAACAAGAAGCAAAUGUUGUAUGAGUCUGUAACAACCUUCUGGCCCAUGUGGGCCGGCGUCGCUAGCCCUCAACAAUCCUCUCUCUUGAUGCGCCAUGCGCUUCCUAAAUUCGAAGUCCAAGGUGGGCUUGUUUCCGGAACGGAAAAGUCACGUGGCAAAAUUACCCAGAUUCGCCCCAACCGUCAAUGGGAUUAUCCUUACGGCUGGGCUCCACAUCAGAUGCUUGCCUGGAAGGGUCUGUUAAGGUAUGGAUACCAAGAAGAGGCGGAGAGACUUGCGUACAAAUGGCUUUGGAUGAUGACGAAGGCUUUCGUUGAGUAUAACGGUGUUGUGGUGGAGAAAUACGAUGUCACUCGUCCUAUCGGCCCGCACAAGGUUGAUGCUGAGUAUGGAAACCAAGGCGCUAAUUUUCAAGGUGUUUCAAGAGAAGGAUUUGGCUGGGCAAACGCAAGCUAUGUCUAUGGAUUGCAAAACCUCAAUACGCACAUGAAGCGCGGUUUGGGGGCGUGUGUUCCAUAUGAAACAUUUAAGAGAGCUACUUAACGAUAUGAAGUCUCAAGGAAAAGAUAAUUGUUGAGAGUGCGGCACGUUCGGGGCUAUAUAGUUAGAAGGAUGAAUUGCAAAAGUUAUUUGAAUUUAAUGACAGUAGGGUUGGAUUUACUGUUGCUUAGGGUUAAGUGUUGUAUUAGGG